CUUUAACACUGACUGCAUGUUUUGCAGAUUUCUGGACGUCCGGUCUGAGCCUGCAGGCAGAGAACCAGGAGCAGGUUCUGGAUCAGAACCAGAGUAGACCCUACAUGUAUGUUAACCCGGUCCCUAUGGAGGACUCCCCCAGCAAAGACCUGAACACCUCCUCUAUCUCCAAACUGGACAUCAUCGCCAAUCAUACCCCCACCCCCUCACUGCAGAAUGGAGAAGCCCCUCAGAAGAUGAGCACAGAGGUCAAAGGGCGGUCCAAAAAGGUGCCCAGUCCGGACAUUAAAUACAAGCGUCCCCCGCCCCGACCCCCCAGCAUGGGCUUAGGGUCGGGGAUGGGCCUCCCCUUCUCCUCUCCCCCCUCGCCUCACACUUCUGUAACUGAUAGAAAAGAGGAAGGAAAGGGAGGGGCAGGGGAGAGAGAAGAGAGGAAGUUAGUGUCAACAUUACUCACUCCGUCCAGGCCUCCGGUCCCCCCGCAGAGCCGAGCCGCUCCCCCACUGCCUCCUGCGCCUCUACGUCGCACCUCCUCCCGGAAAAGCACCGACCAAGAGGUAGGAGAGGGGACAGAGAGAGAGAAGGGACAAAAUCCUGCGAAGAUAACUGAGAGAGAGGGAGGAGGAGAGGGAAGUAAAUCAGGUCAGCCCAGUGAGGGGGGUGAAGAAGAGAGCAUGCAUCAGGAGGAAGAGGUGGAAAAGGACAAUGAGAAGAAGGAGGAAGAGGAGGUGAAAAUGGAGGAUGAUAAACAAAAAUCCAGCUCCCUCUGUGCGCUGUUAACCAAGAAGCCCACCCGCCCGGUCCCUCCCCCGAGGAGGAAACCCUCCUCCCAAAACACACCUGUCUGCCCUGCUGCGGGAGGAUCAGCCAAUCAGGCUGCAGGGAUGAGAGGGCCCCCUCCAUCCCCAGCACGGAGGCCGGACGUGUCGCUGUACUCGCCACAAGGGGGGGCAGUGCUAGUAACAGACCCCGACUCCCGCUCCACCAGCAGCACAGAGGAAGAAGCAGAGCUGAGCCAGGAACAGGAGCAGAACCAGAAUCGCCCCGCGGAGAGUCGCAUCCCCAAGGUAGCAGUGAAGAGAACCCCCACUGUGAUGUUGGACAGAGCCCGCUACCGCCUGUCCACGGUCCUCACCGGCCUCAUCAGCCACGACCGGCGCCUCACGCAGCGCAUCGUGGAGCUGGCCCGGGACCCGCUGAGCUACUUCGGCAACCUGGUGAAAGAGCACCGUGCGUUCACCCUGGAGACCAUGUCGAACCACUCCACCUCGACUGAGCUGCUACAGGAGAUCCGACAGAUGAUGACCCAGCUGAAGAGCUACCUGCUGCAGAGCACUGAGCUGCAAGCCAUGCUGGAGCCACAACACCAGUAUUCAGAAGAAAAACUGGAGAGCAUCGCAGAGGCUGCUUUGUGUAAGAGUGUGCUGAAGCCACUGAGGGAGCAAAUUUACCAGAGUCUUGAGAAACUGCGCAUCAAUGACAGCAGCCUGAAACAGCUGGCACAGAACCAGUCUGUCAUUCUAGGCAGCACCACCACAGCUUUAGGAGUAACCACUGCUGUCCCUGAGGCCUCUGCUAUGGAGAAGAUCAGCAUCAAACUGAGCAACCUGCAUCUGGAGUAUUCACCCCAGAAAAAGAUCGAGCUCAUGCUGAAGGCAUGCAAGAUCAUCUAUGACUCCAUGGCUGUCAGCAGUCCAGGGCGUGCCCAUGGCGCUGAUGACUUCCUGCCAGUAAUGAUGUACGUCCUGGCUAGAUCCAAUCUGCCCAACCUGCAGCUGGAUGUAGAAUACAUGAUGGAGCUGAUGGACCCUGCCUUAGCACUAGGAGAAGGUUCCUAUUAUCUGACAACCACCUAUGGGGCUCUGGAGCACAUUAAGACUUUUGACCAGCAGAGGACAGCAACACGGCAGCUCAGCAGAGAGGUUCAGGACUCCAUCCACCGCUGGGAGAGGAGACGCACGCUGAACCAGGAGCGCAUGGCCCAGGGAUCUGUUCGGGACUUCCUGACAGUGUCUUGUCCAGAGUUUGGAAUCAACCUAAAAACUCUGGGGGUCCUGCCCACCACCACGAUGGAGCAGCUGGCUGAGCAGUGUGCCGCACGCUUUGAACAAGACUCCUACAUCCUCAGUGUUUAUGUGGAUGGUGUUCACCGGCCCAUGGCCCCUACAGAGCUGGCCCUCAUUGUUAAGAGCAGUUCCAAGCCUGGAGCUUACUGCUUCGUCUAUCACCAUGCCGACCAGCCCAUCAGCCCGCCCCCCCGCAGCUGCCCGGCUGACGCACCUCCAGCUCCACCAGCUUUAACAGCUCCGCCAGCUUUAACAGCUCUACCAGCUCCAUCAGCCCCAACAGCUGUACCAGCUGUACCAGCACCACGCACUCGACCCGCACCACCUGUUUUACCAGCACCACCCGUUUUACCAGCGCCAGCCGUUUUACCAGCGCCAGCCGUUUUACCAGCGCCACCUGUUUUACCAGCACCACCCGUUUUACCAGCACCACCCGUUUUACCAGCGCCACCCAUUCUACCAGCAACACCCGUUCUUCCAGCUCCAUCUGCUCCACCUGUUUUACCAGCACCACCGGCUCCACCAUCUCCAUCCGCUCCACCUGCAGAAAGCUUCUCCCCAGAUGAGUCUGCUGAUGUGGACUUGGUGGAGCAGGAGGUGGAGGAGGAGAGUUUGAUCAGCUUGUAGCUACUCCAGCAUCACAGUGGCAGAUGUUGUAUUGCUAUGGUAACUACAUCACCAUGGUGACAGCAUUGCUGUGGUUACUGAAUCCACCAACAAAUAUUUCAGACACUGAUUCUGCAGGUCAACAUGGGGUCUGGAACCCCAGGGACUGCAGGUUUAUAAAAUGUAAAAAUACAUAUUAUUGGAACAUGCACGUAUAUGAUCAUGUUUAUACUGUUUAUAUUACGUUCUGCUUUGUGAUGCUUGAGACUUUCUACAGACUUUGAGUCAAAUGUAUUAAUUAAUCUUUCCUCUCUUUAUUAAAGUCCAGAUAAUUCAGACCCAUUGACAUUAUUCUGUGACAAAAAGCAGUCAAAGCACUUAAAAGGGUACAAGGACUUUUCAGAAUUACAAGCACAGGUAUAUAUUAGCAGCAGCCAUAAGCAAAUUUACAUUUUUUAUACAAGCUUAUACUGAUUGUCUUGUGAAUAAACUUGCUUUUUCAAUUUUCCAA